AUGACCAGAGAAAAGAAAGCAAAGACGACCGAGACGGAGGACGAGGAGCAUGGCGAGGGAGCACAAGCUAGCGCACCUGAACAUGCUAGCAGCAGCGUCCUGAGUAUGCCGGACACGGUGAUGGAGAUGUGUCCGGCGAUGCCUCGCCUUGAAGGACUGCUGAAAGACGUCAGCGAUGUCUCAGAGUCCGGUGCUCGCUACUCCGACAUGCCACAGGUCAUUGAGGUGAUCCUUCCCAUGCUGUGUAACUAUCUGUCAUACUGGUGGGAGAAGGGUCCGGAAAACUCCUCUUCAGAUGCCCAGUGCUGCACUAUGGUGACCUCUGAACACCUCAGCAUCAUCCUGGCAAACAUCCUCAAGAUCCUCAACAACAACCUGGGUAUCGAUGACGCCCCCUGGAUGAAGAGGAUUGCAGUCUACUCUCAGCCAAUCAUCUGCAAGGCGGGAGCUCAUCUGCUGAGAACCCACUUCCUGCCCACCUUGGAGAAAUUGAGGAACAAGACGGUGAAGGUUGUGGGUGAAGAGGAGCUGCUGAAGGCGGACAGUAAAGGUGACACCCAGGAGGCCGAGCUGCUCAUCCUGGAUGAGUUUGCCGUGCUCUGCAGAGACCUCUACGCCUUCUACCCCAUGCUCAUCCGUUAUGUGGACAACAACAGGUCCAGGUGGCUGAAGGAGCCGGAUGCAGACUCCACUGAGCUCUUCAGGAUGGUGGCUGAGAUCUUCAUCCUCUGGUGCAAGUCCCAUAACUUCAAACGUGAGGAGCAAAACUUUGUGGUUCAGAAUGAGAUCAACAAUCUGGGCUUCCUGACUGGAGAGGGCAAGGCGAAGAUGUCCAAGUCAGGAGGCGACCAGGAGCGGAAACACAAGCGGCGCCGCGGCGAGUAUUACUCCGUCCAGACGUCGCUGAUCGUGGCGGCCCUGAAGAAGCUGCUGCCCAUCGGCCUCAACAUGUGCACGCCCGGAGACCAGGAGCUCAUCUCCCUCGCCAAGAUACGCUACAGUCUGAAAGAAACAGAUGACGAGGUGAAGGAACACUUGCGCCUGAAUUUCCAUCUCCAGGACAAGUGUGAAGACCCGGCGGUCCAGUGGCAGAUGAACCUGUACAAAGACGUGGUGGUGAAGAGCGAGGAACCCGCUAACUUAGAACACACCGUGGACCGAGUGCAGAGCAUCUCAGCUGCUGUCUUCCACCUGGAGCAGGUGGAGCAGCCUCUGAGGAAUAAGAAGCUUGUGUACCAUAAGCUGCUGUCCAAACAGCGUAAGCGUGCUGUGGUGGCCUGUUUCCGGAUGGCUCCUCUCUACAAUCUACCUAGGCAUCGCGCUAUCAACUUCUUCAUCCCGGCCUAUCAGAGACUUUGGAUAGAGGCAGAGGAAUACUCCUUUGAGGAGAAGCUAGUACAGGAUCUGGCAAAAACCCCGAUGAAAAUUGUGGAGGAAGAGGAAGAGGAGGUGGCUGAGGUCCAACCAGACCCUCUCCACCAACUCAUCCUCCACUUCAGCCACAACGCUCUGACAGAGAGAAGUUACUUGGAAGAAGACCCUUUGUAUAUAGCGUAUGCAGACAUGAUGGCGAAGAGCUGUGCAGAGGAUGAUGAGGAGGAAGAAGAAGAGGAAGUAGAAGGAAAAGAAAAGACUUUUGAGGAGAAAGAGAUGGAGAAGCAGAAGAUCCUGUAUCAGCAGAUGAGGCUGCACGCCCGCGGGGCCGCAGAGAUGGUGCUGCAGAUGAUCAGCGCCAGUAAAGGUCGUUUGGGCCCCAUGGUGACCUGCACCCUCAAACUGGGAAUCUCCAUUUUAAAUGGUGGCAAUGUGCAAGUGCAGCAGAAAAUGCUGGAUUACCUGAAAGAGAAAAGAGAUGCAGGCUUUUUCAAGGGUCUCUCAGGACUGAUGCAGUCUUGCAGUGUCUUGGACUUGAAUGCAUUUGAGAGGCAGAACAAAGCAGAAGGACUUGGCAUGGUGUCAGAAGAAGGUUCAAGUUCCAAAGUGCUACAAAAUGAUGAGUUUACUAAAGAUCUGUUCCGGUUUUUGCAACUUCUUUGUGAGGGCCACAAUGGAGAUUUCCAGAAUUUCCUGAGAACACAAACUGGAAACACAACCACGGUCAACAUCAUCAUCAGCACCGUUGACUAUCUGCUCCGUCUUCAGGAAUCGAUCAGUGACUUCUACUGGUACUACUCUGGCAAAGAUGUCAUGGAUGAGACAGGAAGACUAAACUUCUCCAAAGCUUUAUCUGUUGCCAAACAGAUAUUCAACUCACUGACUGAGUACAUUCAGGGCCCGUGUAUUGGGAACCAGCAGAGUUUAGCUCACAGCAGAUUGUGGGACGCAGUUGUGGGCUUCUUGCAUGUUUUUGCCAACAUGCAAAUGAAGCUUUCUCAGGACGCCAGUCAGACUGAGCUGUUGAAGGAGCUGAUGGAUUUACAGAAGGAUAUGGUGGUCAUGUUGCUGUCUCUGCUAGAGGGUAACGUGGUGAAUGGAAUGAUUGGAAAGCAGAUGGUGGACACCCUGGUGGAGUCUUCCAGUAACGUGGAGAUGAUCCUCAAGUUCUUCGACAUGUUCCUCAAACUGAAGGACCUGACGUCCUCCGACACCUUCAAAGAGAACGACCCAGAGUUCAAGGGCAUUAUUUCAAAGAAGGAGUUCCAGAAGUCAAUGGAGUCCCAGAUGCAGUACAGCCAGACGGAGAUUGAGUUCCUGCUCUCGUGCGCGGAGGCCGACGAGAAUGACAUGUUCAACUACAUUGACUUUGUGGAGCGUUUCCACGAGCCGGCCAAAGAUAUCGGCUUCAACGUGGCGGUGCUGCUGACCAACCUGUCGGAACACAUGCCGCACGACUCCAGACUCGCCACCUUCUUAGACCUGGCGGGGAGCGUACUCAGCUACUUCGAGCCCUACCUGGGUCGUAUUGAAAUCAUGGGCAGCGCAAAGCGGAUCGAGAGGGUUUACUUCGAGAUCAGCGAGUCGAGCCGCGAGCAGUGGGAGAAGCCGCAGGUCAAAGAGUCCAAGCGUCAGUUCAUCUUUGACGUGGUCAACGAGGGCACGGAGAGCGAGAAGAUGGAGAUGUUUGUCAAUUUCUGUGAGGACACAAUUUUUGAGAUGCAGCUGGCCUCGCAGAUCUCCGAGCCGGAUGUGGUGGAACAACCGGAGGAGGAGGAAGAGGACGAUGCACACAGCCUCCUGGACGAGCUGGGUGGAGAGGAAGAGGGCGCCCUGGAGUCUGCCUCAGCCUUCACCACCGCGUGCCGCUCGGUCAAGAGGAAGAUCUCCAACGUACGUCAAACAUUAUCCAUUAAAAACUUCUCCAAGCAGUUCAAGAAAAUCAAGAAGCUGAGCAUCAAGGAGAGCAUCACCGGCUUCUUCUCCUUCUUCUGGAUGCUCUUCACCGGCUUCUUCAAGGGAAUCUACGGACUCAUCUUCGGGUUCUUCCACGUCAUCUGGUCCUCCAUGUUUGGUGGUGGCCUGGUUGAGGGGGCUAAGAACAUAAAGGUGACGGACAUCCUCGGGAACAUGCCCGACCCAACCCAGUUUGGUAUACACGGAGAUGCGAUUGAAGGAGAGAAAGUGGAGGCCAUAGAGUCGUCGGGAGGUUUAGAGACGGCCAUGGCACCUGCAGGAGACGCAACAGAAGCGGACAGCUUGCUGGAGAUGCUGUCGGCUCCCAAGAAGGAAGGAGGGAAACAUGUGGAGCUCGGCCUGGGUGACUUUUCUGAGCUGAGCGCAGAGAUCUCCACUUCUGAACACAAGAAGGUUUGUACAUUUUGA